UUAGUGACAAAUAAGGCGUCAGUUUUGCCAGAAGUGGACAAAAUAAUUGUCUUAAAAGAGGGAUCCGUUUGUGAUUUCGGAUCAUUUGAUGAACUGAUGGCCAAAAGUGGAGAAUUCGCUGAAUUUAUUGCUGAAUAUGUCAUUAAACAGGAAUCUCAAGACAUCGAUGAGAAAGAGAUGCAAAUUCUUGCAAAACUGAGACAAACAGUAAAACCAUUGAUUGAAAGGCAAUUGUCCGUCAAAUCUAAUGAAAGCGAUUCUCAAUCACAAAAUGUGUCAAAACCUGUGUCUAUAAGCGAUACAAAUACAGAGAAAACACCUGAAAAGUCUGAAACAAAUAGUAAUACAAAACCUAUUGAUAAUAAUGAAGACGAAUUGUCUGAUGAAAGUAAAGGCAAACUCAUAGACAAAGAAGUGUCGGCCAAAGGAGGCAUCAAAAUGAGUGUCUAUAAGAAAUACUUUGGUCUAAUCGGCGCCUGGAGUUUGGCCACAAUAUUCGUGGCCUUUAUUGUGUCAAACAUCGCGAACGCGGCGUCGGGUCUAUGGCUGAGCGAGUGGUCAAACGACGCGCUAAAACCACGCGUUGGCAACGGAACGGAUCUACGGGUGUAUCGGCUCGGGGUCUACGCCGGCAUCGGUGGGGCCGAAGUGAUUGCCCUCAUUAUCGCACAGUUAUGGCUACGGAUACGGUGUAUGCGAACUAGUAAUCAAUUGCACGACCAGAUGAUCGGACGUGUGGUUCGGGCGCCCAUGUCUUACUUCGACACGACACCAAUCGGGCGAUUGUUGUUCCGAUUCUCGGAUGGAAUCGACACUUUGGAUGGUUACGUGAUCUAUGUAUUGGAUCUAACGUUCAUUAACUUCUUUAUGAUGACACAGUCUUUGAUAAUCAUAUCAUUUGAGACACCAUUAGUACUGCUGGCCAUCGGACCCAUUAUUAUAGUGUAUAUAAUAUGCCAACGGAUAUACAUCUCGAGCUCCCGACAGAUCAAACGCAUUGAAUCCGAGACCCGAUCGCCGAUAAUAAGCCAUUUGAGUGAGACUUUCAACGGAACGGCAAGUAUUAGGGCGUUCGGCGCCGACCACUGGUUUGUCCGGCAGUCGUACCGACGGAUAGACGCCAACAAUCAAUGCGUUUAUUUGGAUUCUUGUGGCGAACAGUGGCUAAAGAUUAGGCUCGAGUUCUUGGGCUCAUUGAUAGUGUUUGUGUCAACCAUUUCUGCCGUGAUCUUCAGGGAUCAGUUGUCGCCCGGUUUGGCAGCGCUAGUAAUCAACUACUCAUUGAACAUAACCUUAAUUUUAAGUGCAUUUGUAACUUAUAUCAGUCAUACCGACAAAGCUAUGGUUACCGUUGAAAAGUGUAUGGAAUUAACACAAACUCCUCAAGAAGCCGAGUGGUAUAACGAGAAGACUAAACCCGCGGACAACUGGCCGACAAUGGGUUGCAUUGAGUUUACAGACUAUUGCACUAAAUAUAGAGAGGGUUUAGAUUUAGUGCUCAAAGAUAUAGCAAUUGAUAUAAAAGGCAGACAAAGGGUUGCGAUCGUCGGCCGCACCGGCGCUGGAAAGUCGUCCCUCGCGUUGGCUCUCUUCAGACUCAUUGAGCCGACGACCGGAACCGUUACCAUCGAUGGCGUCGACUGCUCUACCAUUGGAUUACAAGACUUGAGAUCAAAGCUAACGAUUAUACCUCAAGAUCCGGCGCUUUUCUCGGGAACUUUGCGCUAUAAUUUGGAUCUUUUGGUUCAAUACUCAGACCUUGAGAUAUGGCGGGCCUUAGAGUCGGCACAUCUGAAGACAUUUGUGGAGUCACUGGAAAGAGGUCUCAAUCACGACAUCGCAGAGAACGGCGAGAAUCUAAGCGCCGGUCAGAAACAGUUGGUCUGUUUGGCCAGAGCUCUACUCCGACGGACUCGGGUUCUUGUCUUAGACGAGGCGACUGCCGCCAUUGAUAUGGAAACGGAUGACACGAUUCAGAAGACAAUCCGUGAAGAGUUCGAGUCGUCGACAAUCAUAACAAUAGCCCAUCGAUUGAAUACUAUUAUUGAUUACAAUUUAGUUAUAGUUUUAAACAACGGAUCGAUCGCAGAGUCGGGAACACCGGAACAGCUCUUAGCGGACAACACAUCCAUCUUCUACUCAAUGGCCAAACAGGAAAAACUUGUUUAA